AUGAUUAAUUUGUAAGCAAUUGUUAGUUUGGAUACAGGGGAAAAAAUAGAGCAGAUUUGUAUUUAUGAAGGUGAUGACAUUGAACUAUUGACUCAAUUUUUUUGUGAUCGACAUCAGAUUAGAUAAGAAGGAAAAUAAUUUAUUAUUGCAGAGAUAAGAAAAUAGCUAAAAGUUUCAGUAUUAAUUUGUUUUAGUUUUUCAGGUAAAAACUCGUCAUACUUCUAUUCUUUCUUUAAAUACUCAACAACUAGUAUAAAAAUUGUACAGGAAUAAAACAGGUAUCAAAUUAAAUAAUAAAAGAGACCGAUGUUUUUGAAUAACUGUAUGCAGAUGCUAAUAAUUAAUAAAAAAGAUUAAGAACUGCUUUACAGGAACAUGAUCAAGAAUAAAAAUAAAUAAAUUAUGCUAUACCAAAAAUUAAUAGCAUAUCUCGUUUAAUUGUUAAAGAAAGAGGUAGUUCUGAAGAACCUAUUCAUUCUAAAUUAUAUUAAGAUGCCAAAUUGCUUGAGGCAAAGAAAAAAAUCUUAAGAGACAGAGUAAUGAGUUAAAUUUAUCCAUUUCAUCCUAAUAGUGGUUUAACUUUUGCCAAAAAACCCUCAAAAUAGGAAUAGCUCUAUCAUGCUGAAAAAUUAAUUUAAGAAUAAGCUAAUCGAGAAUAGAAGAUGUAAAAAAGAAGAUUAGCAUAAGAAUCAACAUUAAAAGAUAAGGUUACUAAUUAGCCAUAUUUCAAACCAUUGAUUAGAAAAGAUUAAACAUUUAAACUAGUUAAAAAGAAGGUAGAAAAAUAAGAUUAAAUUUUGGCAAAUUUAAUUGCAAACAAAAUGAUGAAAUUAAAUAACAAAAAUGCUAACUAGAUUAGUAAAGAAAGAGAUGUAAUAAAUGAUAUUGCUUUUGUUGAAAAAAUAUUUAAAUAAUUAGAUUCAGAUCGAGAUGGUUUGAUAUCAAUUUAAUAUAUCAACUUAAAUAUAAAUGAAAAAGUGCUAAAAAAAAUUCAUCCAAUUUUGAAUUAUAUUGAGGAAAACAAUUCAGAAAUAAAUCUUGAUUACUUUUUCUAACUAUUAAAAUUAUUUUAUAUUAAAUUGGAUUGA